CUAAGAAGAUUAGCCAGGCUAGCAUUGUGCUAGGACGCCAACCGUUGGUGGCUUUUAGCAAUCUUUAAUAAACAAACCACCUGUUUAUUGGAUAAGCCGAAGUCAUGGCGUCUGUCUUAGACGCUCUCUGGGAAGACAGGGAUGUCAGAUUCGACAUAACAGCACAGCAGAUGAAAACUCGUCCAGGUGAGGUGCUGAUAGAUUGUCUGGACUCAAUAGAAGACACUAAAGGAAACAACGGAGACCGAGGACGACUCCUGGUAACAAAUCUGAGGAUCAUUUGGCACUCUCUGGCCCUGCCAAGAGUCAAUUUGUCUGUGGGUUACAACACCAUCAUUAACAUCACAACAAGGACGGCUAACUCAAAACUGAGAGGCCAAACUGAAGCCCUCUACAUCUUGACCAAGUCCAACAACACGCGAUUUGAGUUCAUUUUCACUAAUGUGGUUCCAGGAAGUCCAAGACUGUUCACCUCAGUUAUUGCGGUGCACAGGGCCUACGAGACUUCUAAAAUGUACCGGGACCUUAAAUUGCGAGCGGCUCUUAUUCAAAAUAAGCAGCUGAGACUGUUGCCCCGGGAGCAAGUGUACGAUAAAAUUAACGGGGUUUGGAAUUUGUCCAGUGAUCAGGGCAACCUUGGGACCUUUUUUAUUACCAAUGUUCGGAUUGUGUGGCAUGCUAAUAUGAAUGAGAGCUUCAAUGUCAGCAUACCUUACCUCCAGAUUUGGUCGAUCCGAAUACGGGACUCAAAGUUCGGCUUGGCUUUGGUGAUAGAGAGCUCGCGCCAGAGCGGAGGGUACGUGCUUGGUUUUAAGAUCGACCCGGUAGAUAAACUUCAAGAUGCACUCAAAGAAAUCAACUCCUUACAUAAGGUGUACUCCGCCAACCCCAUCUUCGGAGUGGACUAUGAAAUGGAAGAAAAGCCCCAGCCGCUGGAAGAACUCACCGUGGAGCAACUUCCCGAUGAUGUGGAAAUUGAGCCCGAUGAGCAGACUGAUGCUUUCACGGCCUACUUUGCUGAUGGUAAUAAGCAACAAGAUCGUGAGCCAGUUUUUUCAGAGGAGCUCGGCCUCGCUGUUGAGAAGCUUAAGGAUGGAUUUACACUUCAAGGACUGUGGGAAGUAAUGGGCUGAAAUAUCAUGAAACACACACAUACACAGUUUACAUAUUUCGCUGAUAACAACUGUAGUAUAUUGAUGUAAAUGACAUAAAAAGAUAUACAGUUUAUGUAUAGACACAAACUGACUUAUGAAUAUAUAUUAAUUAUGUGGGUAACUGUAUUAUACGUUUUUAAAUAGUGAAGAGAAUAUAAAAAGUAUUUAAAUAAAUGUUGUAAUAUGUUUUUGAAACUA